AAGAAGCUGCUCAGUUAGAAAGACUCGUUUUGUUGGCAAGAAAGGAGCACAAUUGGGCCUACAGCGGAUUUUAUAUUAGAUUGGAUUGAUACACCUGUUUUGAACCAAACGGUGCCUUUUGAUUCCCCAGCCCGGGAGUGAAGAAAGAGCUGCAAUUUAAAGGUGUCGUUAGCGAGAUCCUUCUUCCUCUACGUGAGGUUGAGGCCUCUCUUUCUCUUCUUUUCGUUGUCUCCCACAACCACUUCAAUCUCAUUUGGGGCAGAAGAACAUCUAUAAAUCGACCAGUGAACCAUGUGAACCAUAGACAGACAUCACUUCCCUUGGAAAGAGAGAGAGAGAGAGAGUGAGAGAACCACGAGGGUUCCCAAAUUAUUGAAGGGAAGAUGAAUGGAUCUCAUUAUACCUCUCAAUUCUCCCCUAACAUCUUCAGAGGCUACCUCCGUGAAAAAUGAGCUUUGGUCAUUCAAAGGGGCUGUUGGGCGAUCUUGACGAAAGCCACACUGCCUGUUUGCUCCUCAUAUUGGCAUUGGUAUGUUAGUUAACUAGUUAUCCUCGUUCUCUACUUCCUGAAAGAUGACGUUAAUGGAUAACUGGGCCUAAUUUUCCGGGAGAUCAUUGAGCUUGCAGAGGCAACAUGCCCGUGGGUGCCCGAAGCCACAGUUUCGACAUGUCCAAUUCUCAAGUGCCUCGAGUCUUGUUGCAAGUGAACCCGGGUCUAGAUCGCCAAUUGGAACGACACCUCAGCCUGAUGGAUCACUUGGACAAAAAGCGACAACGAACGUGGAUGUCAGAGAAGCACAAUUUUAGGGAUUCAUUUCACAAUCGCAUGGACAAGCGACGCAGGAUUUAUCAACGACAACGUAUGAAGAUGGAUCUGGCUGAGACUCGUAAGGUGGUGGAUGCCAUCAAAGCUGAUCGGGUUCAAGCCAGUCUGCGUCGAGGGUCCCCAUCAAUCAACCAGUCCCAAAAGCGAUCAAAGAAAACCAUCGAGGGGGACUCCUACCAUGACAUUGCAGGACGAGCUUGGACACCCACCAGUGCCCUCGAAUCCAUGACUAAGAACUGGGAACAGGCAUCGCCAUCCCAAAUGCCUGCCAAGAUCACGGCCGACGGGACGGACACGGAUCCAGUCCCGUUUGUUCCUAUGCCAGGGCAGAACUCAGCACUCUCCAGUCGAAGAAGUAGCUUGAAAUCCUCGAUUAUGGAACUGGAUCCAGUGGGGCGAGCCGAAACGCCCGGACCAGCACAUUCCAACGAUCCUUUGGCUGCACUUGCUCCAAAACCAGGUGUAAUCGUCACUCAGCCUCUGGACAAAGAACGAAGCCCAUCUCCUUUACCUGCCGAGGAUGUGACCAAACUCAAGGCUCCUGAUGAAAAGAUUUGGAACCUCUUACCGGCUCCCACUCCUACACGAUUUGUUGGCAAAAUGCAUGCUGUCCUGACCACUCCACGGCGGAAAUCUAAAUCUGCAGAAGCACCUCAGGAAUCGUUGUCCAUUGGCUCAAUGGGUGAAGUUAUGGUCCCCGCAACGACUGAACUAAGGGAAAGCGAAGAGCUGGAUCAGGUUGGAGAGUUACUUCAUUCCUCAUCGAAGGACCCAAGCUCGCCCAGCCGAUCUGCAUUUGGUCAUGACAGUGAGGACGAGGAGAUCAUAAAGAAAACUGAGGGCAUCAAGAAAUAUUCCAACUCAAGCUCCCGUUCCUUGGAACAGGGCCCGGGGGUCACAACAUCCGCUCGAUUCUUGUCCAAAAUGAAAGGCCGCAAGAUUGGAUCAACCGACAUCAAUAACGACAAAAUGGGUGAGGUCGGGGGUAAAAUAAGUUCCGCUUUGUCCAAACGAAACGCUUGGAAGAGCACCAUUCAGGCCUCGAAAGAAGACACCCAAUCAAUGAAAGGAUCCGCCAGAUUCAGUCUCAAGCGAAUGACAUCGACUUUGAGCACCAACCAAACCCCAAGCGGGGGUGGAUGGAAGAAGUUCAACCCUACACUAGCCGUUGGGGCGGCCUCUUUAGCUUUUGGCAAUCGAGGCCAUGCCUCAAAACCGUCUCGUUUGCGCGAAUCAUUUAAAGCGACUAAUUGGACCGAUGGAUCCAGAACCAUUGGCAAGACCCGGGUGCAGCUGUUCAGGAAAUCGAGCACUAAUGUGCUCCAAGGGUUUGGAAUUGCGCAAUUAUCUCAUGUCGACAAGGAGAGCCAAAGGGUUCCUGGAAUGAAGAGAGGCUUCUCUCUGAUGGAGAAAAAGGAUGGUGGGUCUGAUUCCGGGAUAUCACAUCCAUCUUGGGUUCCCCCCACAAACAAUGACUCUGAACCAGGUGAAGGAGCAUCUGCCAAGGAUGAGAACAUCUUUAAAUCAGGUCAGGUGUUGGCAAAAACCGGAUUCUUGCGCAAAAAGGCCGAGACGCGCCUUCAGGAGAGUUCAGAGCAAACUCGAGCCGGGAGUCCAGACGUGUCGUUGGGCUCAAUCACCUCUCUUGUCAAAGGGAUUCCAACCACCUCGAAACUAGUGAGCAAAUUGCACUCCAUGCGAGCACAGCAAGACGGAGAGAUGGGCGAUCCGGACGAUAAAUGGGAUUGGAUGACAGGCGUACCCACUUCCAUUCGAUUCUUGGUGAAAUCCUGGAAAACCAUCGACCGGGGACCAGGUGGCAUCAUUACGGACGCACCCAAUAAACUGACUCAAGCUCGAGAUGUUCCCGACUUCAGUGCCACCGUCAACAUGCUCACUGUUUUGGCCAAGGCCGAUAUGAAAUUAAAGGCCCAGAGCCGUGACGAUCGGGAGGAAGAAGAUUCGCAGGAAGUGGAAAAGAGGCGGGGCAGUCGACGGAAGUCUUCUAUUCGACGCCCAUCUUACGUGGUUGUCACACCAAGGGGUGACGAAGUGCCAAAUAAACAAGUCCAAAGAGAUUCGUUAACGACAAGACCUUUGUCUAGGGGUUCUUCGCUAAGGACUGACUCUGAUCCCUUGACUCAAGAAGCCUGA